CGCUGAGAGUUAGCUUGGGCUAUAUAGGGAAAACCUGUUUCAAAAAAAACAAAAGAAAAGCGGGCCGGGGAUUUAGCUCAGUGGAUCCGCCGCUUACCUCGCAAGCUCAAGGACCCGAGUUCGAUCCCUGGUACCAAAAAAAGAAAAAAAAAAAAAAAAAGCAACUCGGAGAUGGGGAUGGAACCAUGAACCAGGGAGAGCUGACCAGGUGGAGACCCUUCCCUAAUAGCAGAAGCAGGAGAGGGAAGGCACCAAUGGUGUUGUUUAUAAAGCCGUCGGAAGAGCUGGUUUCCUACGACGCGGACCUGUACCAGCGGCCCCCACACGAGUACUACCCGUACCUGAGCAGCGAUGGCGACAGCCACAGCGACCACUACUGGGACUUCCACCCCCACCACGUGCACAGCGAGUUUGAGGCCUUCCCCGAGAACCACUUCACCGAGCUGCAGAGCGUGCAGCCCCCGCAGCUGCAGCAGCUGUACCGCCACAUGGAGCUGGAGCAGAUGCACGUCCUCGACACCCCCAUGGUGCCACCCCACGCCGGCCUUGGCCACCAGCAGACCUCCUCGGCCUCCAGAGACCCCGGCGCCUCUCACUGGCCUCCUCCCCGCUCGGCCUCCCAGGUCCCUUACGUGACCCGGAUGUGCGUCCAGUACCCGUCCCUGUCCCCAGCGCAGCCCAGCUCGGAUGAGGAGGAGGGCGAGCGGCAGAGCCCCCCGCUGGAGGUGUCCGACGGCGAGAACGAUGGCCUGGAGCCUGGGCCCGGCCUCCUGCACGGGGAACCAGGCAGCAAGAAGAAGAUCCGCCUGUACCAGUUCCUGCUGGACCUGCUGCGCAGCGGCGACAUGAAGGACAGCAUCUGGUGGGUGGACAAGGACAAGGGCACCUUCCAGUUCUCGUCGAAGCACAAGGAGGCGCUCGCGCACCGCUGGGGCAUCCAGAAGGGCAACCGCAAGAAGAUGACCUACCAGAAGAUGGCGCGCGCGCUGCGCAACUACGGCAAGACUGGCGAGGUGCGCAAGGUGAAGAAGAAGCUGACCUACCAGUUCAGCGGCGAGGUGCUGGGCCGCGCGCCUGGGCCUGGCCGCCUGCCGCCACGCUGAGCCGCCCGCCCGCCUGCCCGCCGGACUCCGCCGCUCUGUAC